GUCGCCAUUUUCCCUAUAGAGCAUGCGCACUUCAGUUUCACAACAAUGGCGGAUUUACCAGAACUGAAGCAUAUGGUAAUGAGUUUUCGGGUCUCAGAAUUACAAGUAUUAUUAGGAUAUGCUGGAAGAAACAAAACUGGAAGAAAGACUGAUUUGAUGGGGCGAGCUUUACAGCUACUGCAGAAAGGCUGCUCCGUACCCAUACAAAUAAAAAUCCGAGAGUUGUACAAUCAAAUUUUUGGUUCAAACAGGCGAAAACCCACAGCACCCAAACCAGGAGAAGAUGGUUCCAUUAACUUUAAAUCUGAAGGACCAUGGUUUUCAGGUCCAAUGGAUUAUUCCAACCGGAUGCAUCAUGACCCAGCACCACAUUCAAGCAGCCUUGGCAUGUUGCCAGUUCAUCCCGAUGUGAAGCUUAAGCAUCUGCCAUUCUAUGACUGUGUGGCAGAACUUAUGAAACCUACAAGUUUAGUGCCUAGAGGUUCAUCCAAAUUCCAAGAGAAUCAUUACAGUUUCCAUCUGACUCCCCAGCAAGCCCAAGACAUUGCCAUGUCCAGAGAUUUCCGACCAGGUGCUAGAUGUGAAUAUACCACACAGAUUCAACUCAGAUUUUGUCUGCUGGAGAUAAGUUGUGAACAAGAUGACCAUUUCCCUCCCAGUAUCUGUGUUCGUGUGAAUGGAAAGAUGGCCCCUCUACCGAAUCCUAUUCCAACUAACAAACCGGGAGUCGAGCCUAAGCGCCCGGGUCGACCGGUAGAUAUCACACCCCUUUGUCGGCUCUCACCAACCCUGCCCAACCAGAUCGAAGUCUCCUGGGCCGCCGACUUUGGACGGGGAUUCUGUAUUGCCAUCUUUUUGGUGAAAAAGUUAACGUCUGACACUUUACUGGGCAGACUUAAACAGUUUGGUAAUCGUCAUGCUGACCACACCAGAGCCCUUAUCAAGGAGAAGCUGGCCCACGACCCUGACAGUGAAAUAGCUACAACUUGUCUCAGAGUAUCACUCACAUGCCCUCUGGGCAAGAUGAGAAUGACAAUACCCACACGAGCCAGCACCUGUACCCACCUCCAGUGCUUUGACGGCUCCACCUACCUAAUGAUGAAUGAGAAAAAGUCUACCUGGAUGUGUCCAGUCUGUGAUAAGCCGGCGCCAUUUCAUCGACUUUUCAUUGAUGGGUAUUUUGUCGAGAUAUUGCAGGAAACCUCAGACAUGAACGAAAUUCAGUUCCACGAAGACGGGACGUGGAGUCCAUUGAAGACCUCAAAGGAACAUCAUGUGAUUUCCUGCAGUCCUGCGGCUCACAAGUCCAGUCAUAAAGAGUCCAGGUCCUCCUCCUCCUCAGCCUCAGGACCUGCUCCAAAGAAGCCCAAAAUGGAAGUGAUAGACUUAACAAUUAGUUCUGAUGAAGAUUCAGACACUGAAAGUGAAUGUGAUUCACCUCAGCCCAUGUCAUCGAAUGCAUUUGGUGAUGUCAUCAGCCUGGACUCUCCCACUCCUGCGCCAUCCUCUGCAUCAACGUCAUGUGACUCCCCCAUGGUGGCCUCACCAUCAUCCAAUUCAAAUUCAUCUUCAUCCUCAUCCUCAUCUUCAUCAUCUUCCUCCAGCACCCCAAAGCAACCAUCCUCACCACAGAAAUCUCAAGCAGGAACCCCAGUAAGUGCCCCCUUAUCAGCACCCCAGUCAGUAAGCUCCCUCUCCCCUGCCCGGUCCUCGCGCCAGUCUACGCCUGCCCUAGCUCCUAGUCCUCGCCCCUUGCCCUCGCCCUCGCCUCCGGGAGGACAGCCCGUGAUUCACUCUCCUUUAGGAAUUAGAAUUUCCCCUGUGACGCCCCCCUCUACUACCCCCAUUUUAGCCCCUUUUCAACCAAUACCAGCCCCAGUGUCAAUACCAGCACCUGUAUUUCCCCAUUAUCCUGCCCCUCCACAAAUACAAAAUUAUGACCCCAACUUAGAUAGAGAGAUUGAAGACUUCUUAAGGGGAAUUGUGUGGGACCAAUAUAGAUAGCUGUCAUGUCACCUUUAUAUAAAUGGGUAAUUUUAAACAUAGAAUGGUGCUGAAGCUCUCCCAAAACAAAUUUUAUGAUACAUUUUCUUAGAGUUACGGGAGAACAGAAUGAGCCUUCAUUUCUUUAUGCAUGAUUUACGAGUCUUUUAAAAUAAAUCAAGUACUCAGGAAAGUAAAAUAUAAACUUAAAAUCGUUUUUUUAGACAAUAAACAUUGCUUUUACAUUUUGUAUUUUAAUAUAUUAUAAGCAUAAUUCUGCAGAGAUGAAUUUCCCAAUAUUUUUUUUUUUUUUUAGAUUUGAGAAAAUUUUAACUUCUUUAUUGAAAAUUUUUUUAAUCCCAACAAAAAUCAGAUGAAGAAAAUUCAGAUAAGAUUUGAAAUCCAAUGAAUGAUUUCACAUUAAUAUACAUAGCUAGCGUGGACCCAGAAAAUGCAAUCAUUUCAUUCUGCAUCUCAUUGUUUCAUACUAAAAUGUUUUCAUUUGUUACUUUUUCAUGUUUGUCACUUGUGUUGCACCACUAACAGAAAAAUAAUUUAUUUUGCAUGAACUUCAAUUUGUUCAUUUCAUUUACAUUUGUUGCUAUUUUAAUGGAGGUGUUUUCAAAGUUUUUCCAAGUGGGGGACUAUUCCCGAGUACGUGCAUGUCUUAGGAUGUCUAUGAAGAUGUGUAAGGUGUACAAUGUGUUUGUGGAACAAUGUGAAUGAUUUCUUGAAUUUUUUCAUUGUCAUAAUUUUUAUUUGUAAUUUUCUCCUUCGUUUUUUCAGUAAGAUUACGGUAUGUACCCUUACUGGAUGAUUGAGAAUACCUCACAUUAGAAAGAGUUACUCACAUAUUGUACUACAAAAAACAAUUGUAAUCUAAUCACACUGUACAGGGGACCUCUCUGAGUAUCUGACAUAUGAUUCCCCCCAAACUG